AUGGCUGCCAUGUUAUUCCUGAUCCUGGCGCUCAUGAUCUCCUUCCUCGCUACCCCCGUUGUCUACUCCGAUCGCCCUGCCGCAGGCUUCCGUGCCACCAUGAUCCGCACCGAGAAGGCCAUCAACUUCACGCAGGCCGCGCGCAGGUCUCACGAGCGCAUGUCCAUGCUCGCCGCCAGGCUCGACGCGGCCUCCGGCUCCGGGCGCGUGACGACGCAGGCACCGCUGCAGGUGGACGGUGCCGGAUACGAAUACAACAUGGUGCUGUCCAUCGGCACGCCGCCGCAGAAGCUGCUGGCAAUGGCCGACACGGGCAGCGACCUCUCCUGGAUCAAGUGCGGCGCGUGCAGCAACUGCACCCCCGAGGGCCCCUCAUACUACCCCGGCAUGUCGACGUCGUUCUCCGUGCUGCCCUGCUCCGACCGUCUCUGCCGCGCGCUGAUGAGCGCCGCCGCGACCUGCGGCUUCGGCGGCGCGGAGUGCGAGUACAUCUACGGCUACGGCCUUGAGGCUGAUCCCCACGUCUACACAAGGGGUUUCCUCGCGAACGAGACCUUCACGCUCGGCGACGACCGCGUGUUGGGCGGCCAAGCCGUGCCGGGCGUCGGCUUCGGCUGCACCACCGUGUCCGAGGGCAUCUACAUCUACGGCGCGAGCUCUGGCAUCGUCGGGCUCGGCCGCGGGCCGCUGUCCCUUGUCUCGCACCUCAACGUUGGCGCCUUCUCGUACUGCCUCAGCGGCGGCUCCAUGACGAGCCCGCUCUUGUUCGGCUCCCUCGCCGUCCUGGCGGGCGCCGGGGUACAUUCGACGCCGCUCCUCGCCGGCACCGGCACCUACUACUCUGUCAGCCUGGAGCGCAUCUCGGUCGGCGACGUGACGACCAUCGGCCCCGGGAGGAGUGGCUACGGCAUGGUGCUCGACUCCGGCACGACGUUCACGUACCUCGUGGAGCCGUUCUACAUGCUGGCCAGGGCGGCCGUGCUGAACCAGACGACGCUCGCCAGGGUGCCCGACAGGUACGGCUUCGAGGCGUGCUUCCAAGCGUCCGGCGGCGGUGUCUGGGACGUUUUCCCGGCGAUGGUGCUGCACUUCGACGGCGCCGACAUGGCCCUGCCAACGUCGAGCUGCUUUGGGCAGAUCGAUGACGACGGCGUCAUAUGUUGGAUGGUGCAGAGAUCGCCUAGUCUGUCCAUCAUUAGCAACGUCAUGCAGAGGGACUACCAUAUACGGUAUGACGUCGACGAGGGUGUGGUGUCAUUCCAGGCGGCCAGAUGCGACAACCUAUGA